AUGUUGCUUCAAGACCUAGCAACAGAGAUCAUCGAGCAGAUAGUACAGUAUCUCUCUGUGUGCUCUGAUCUCAACGCCUUAUGCCAGACCAACAAACGGUUUCACCACAUUGCCAAUGAUCUUGUCUAUCGUGAGGAUGCACACUGGCAAUGUAACGCACUCCGAUGGGGUUCUCAAGAGGGCAUCGUUUCAGUGGUAGAGAGAUCAUUGGAUCAAGGUGCUGAUGUCAACCACAUCAUCAACCAAGACGAUGAGACUGCCUUGUUUCCAGCUGUCCAGAAACAGCACUGGGAUAUCGUGCAUUUUCUGCUGGCGAGAGGUGCUGAUGUUCACCGCAGGAACAAGGUUGGCGACAAUCUUGUGUACCUUGCCGUAACGACUGGCAGUUAUGAUCUAGUGAAGCUCAUGCUAGAUCAAGGUGUCGAUCCAAACUCCCAUGUGGAAGGCGAUGUUCCUCCUUUGUUGCUGGCAGUGCGAAGAGGAUAUCUCGACAUCGUAAGGUUGCUCUUUGAUGGCGGUGCAUACAUCGAUGACAGCGACGACUGGGGCGAAACACCUCUACAUAUCGCCGUGGGCACGCCUCAGCAUGACAUCCUAAUCUUCUUCAUCGAAAAGGAUGUUUUUCGCAAAGAUAAGACUGGGGCUCGAGGUGCUGAUGCACUGGAGAUGGCUGUCAUACGAGGAGACAUGUCAACAUUGAGGCUGCUUCUCGAAGGGGACGCGACAUCAUGCGAUUAUCACGGCGGCACUAGCCAGAGAAGAUGA